AUGUCGAGCCUCGAGCAAAAAUCAUCAAACAAGUGCUGUGACGGCGAGCUGCGCAAGUACUCCUUUACGUCGUCUGCGCUGGGCGGCCUGUCUGCCAACCUCAACGUCUUCCUGCCCUCGUCUGCCCUGGCUGGUGGCGGCAAGAAGGUGCCCGUGCUCUACUACCUGGCUGGCCUGACGUGUACCGAGGACAAUGGCGCGCAAAAGGGCGGCUUCCACGCUGCUGCUGCCGAGCACCAGAUCGCCGUCGUCUACCCCGACACGAGCCCGCGCGGUGCCGGUGCAGCGGGCGAGGACGAGGCUUACGACUUUGGCACGGGUGCUGGCUUCUACAUCGAUGCGACCAAGGAGCCGUUUGCGAAGCACUACCAGAUGUGGACGCACGUCACAAAGGAGAUUCCCGACGUGCUCUCCAAGGCGGGCCUGAACCUUGACACAUCCAAUGCAUCCAUCACGGGCCACUCGAUGGGCGGGCACGGCGCACUGACAAUCUACCUCGGCUCGCCCGCCGGCACCUACAAGUCCGUCUCGGCCUUUGCGCCCAUCUGCCACCCGACGGCGUGCCCCUGGGGUAAAAAAGCCUUCCAGGGCUACUUUGCCAAUGGCCUGACCGACGGCAGCAAGCACGACGCCACGGAGCUCCUCACCGCCGCCGGUGGGCCCAGCGCGCGCAACGUCGACAUUCUCAUCGACAGCGGCACUGGCGACAACUUCUACAAGGACGGCCAGCUGCUGCCCGAGGACCUGGCAAAGGCAGCCAUGUCGGCCGGCUACGACGACAAGCAGGUCCAGAUCCGGCUGCAGGACGGCUACGACCACAGCUGUGAGUGA